GAAGAAGAGAUCAUUUGUUGAGAAUUGAGAUCUCUGCAACUACAACAAUGGCUGCAGCAAAUCCAUACCUCUCGCAUUCGUCGUAUUCGUCUUCGUCUUCUAAUUGUUACUCAUCUUCGCCUUUUUAUCGAUGCCUGCUCUCUCGCUCGCCGUCAACCUUUCUCUCUUGUAAAUCGUUGAGCUUUGGUUUCUGCGGGGAAACUCCAAGAAUCCUCACCCUUCGUUCUCAAGCGCGGAAUUUGGGCCCCGGAGCUUCUAACGGCGAUGGAUUUGGAUCGAACCUGUCGAUGAAUCUCGGGGAAAACGAUGCUUCGAUUACGUCGUCCGUUUCCUCUUCUCCUGCUUCUACGGCCAUCGAUUUUCUUACUCUGUGCCAUCGACUUAAGACAACAAAAAGAAAGGGUUGGAUCAACCAUGGGAUAAAGGGCCCUGAGUCUAUCGCUGAUCACAUGUACCGCAUGGCAUUGAUGGCACUGAUUACUGGAGACCUUCCUGGUGUUAACAGAGAAAGGUGUAUCAAAAUAGCGAUUGUGCAUGAUAUUGCAGAAGCUAUUGUUGGAGAUAUCACACCCUCAGAUGGUGUGCCUAAAGCAGAAAAGAGCAGGCGUGAGCAAGCAGCUUUAGAUGAAAUGUGUGAAGUCCUUGGUGGAGGAUUGAGAGCUGAGGAGAUAAAAGAACUUUGGGCAGAGUACGAGAAUAAUGCAUCUUUAGAAGCCAAUCUCGUUAAAGAUUUUGAUAAGGUCGAAAUGAUUCUGCAAGCGCUGGAAUACGAAACGGAGCAUGGGAAGGUCCUUGAUGAAUUUUUUCUCUCUACGGCAGGGAAGUUCCAAACAGAGAUAGGAAAGAAAUGGGCAGCUGAGAUCAUAACAAGAAGAAAUUCAAGGUUGGGCAAUAGGUGAACUGAUCUUAUGUUCCUAACCAUUCAUCUUUUCUCAAUCAGAUGAAGAUCACCUAUCAU